UCAUUCCCAGUCCAACUCUUGCCCUGUAUGCGAUAACCUUUGAUCGUAAGUAAAAACAAAGGCAGAAAAAGGGGAAAGGGGCAAAAGAAAAAGAAAAAGAAAAAAACUGUUAAAUUAGAAACUCUGAGUUCGUACUGUGUGAGCUCUGUCAAGUUCCAAAAAGUCAUGCCCAUUUUCCUAACGAAACCCUAAUCCCCUUUCAUUAUCUUCCGUUCGCUUCCUAUCUCGGCCCAUGGAGCACGAAGACCCUCGAAACGGGGAGUCGAAUCACCGAAACUCUAAAAAACCCAAAAUUUCCUCCAAGUUUAUAUCGGAAUCCGAAAUCCGAGACGAGUUCUCCCACCACCAGCCAGGUGUCGCUCGAAUCAACAACGGGAGUUUCGGUAGCUGCCCCGGUUCGGUUCUUGAGGCUCAACGCCAGUGGCAGCUCCAGUACCUCCGACAACCUGAUGGUUUUUACUUUAAUACCCUUCGUAACAGAAUAACGGCGUCGCGAAAAAUCAUUAAGGACCUCAUCAACGCCGACUACGUCGACGAGGUUUCCCUCGUGGACAACGCCACAACCGCCGCCGCCAUCGUCCUCCAACAGAUCGGCCGUAGUUUUGCCGAAGGAAAGUUUCAGAAAAAUGACACUGUUUUAAUGCUCCACUGCGCAUUCCAAGCCGUUAAAAAAUCAAUUCAAGCGUAUGUCACGCGUGCCGGUGGCUCCAUCACCGAGGUACGGUUACCAUUCCCGGUAAAUUCUGAGGAAGAAAUCAUUUCGGAAUUCAAAAAAUCAAUCGAGAAAGGCAAAUCUAACGGUAGAAAGAUAAGGUUAGCUAUUAUCGACCAUAUUACAUCAAUGCCAUCGGUUGUUAUUCCUGUAAAAGAAUUAGUUAGGAUUUGUAGAGCGGAAGGAGUGGAGCAGGUUUUUGUAGAUGCGGCUCAUGCGAUUGGGAGCGUGAAAGUAGAUGUUAAAGAAGUUGGAGCUGAUUUUUAUGUUAGUAAUUUACAUAAAUGGUUUUUUUGCCCGCCUUCGGUAGCAUUUUUAUAUUGUAAAAAGUCUAAUUUAUCAUCUGAUAUGCAUCACCCUGUUGUUUCACAUGAGUAUGGAAAUGGAUUGCCAAUAGAAAGCGCCUGGAUUGGGACGAGGGAUUAUAGUUCUCAGUUGGUGGUUUCUGCAGUUUUGGAGUUUGUCAACCGGUUUGAAGGAGGGAUUGAGGGGAUAAUGAAGAGGAACCAUGAGGAAGUGGUGAAAAUGGGAAAGAUGUUGGCAGAGUCUUGGGGGACAAAUCUAGGGUCGCCUCCAGAGAUGUGUGCAGGGAUGAUUAUGGUUGGUUUGCCUUCAAGGUUGUGUCUUAAUAGUGAGGAGGAUGCCUUGAGGCUGAGGUCACAUUUACGGGAUUGUUAUGAGGUUGAAGUUCCAAUUUUUUAUCAGGCUGUGAAGGAUGGGGAGGAGGGAGUUAGGGAUAAGGAUGGGUUUAUUACAGGAUAUGCUAGAAUUUCUCAUCAGGUUUAUAAUACGUUGCAGGAUUAUGAGAAAUUUAGGGAUGCUAUUAAUCAGUUAGUUGAUGAUGGGAAAGCUUGCAAAAUGCUUUUGAUUGAAUGAAGAGGUAGUCAUAAAGAUUGGAGCAGCCUUCCAUGGAAUAACAUCUGUGUUUUGCCAUUUUUCCGAUGCAUGUGGCUUCUCACAGUUUUUAGAGAACCAAAAAUUUGGCAAGGAGCACCGCGCAAUAAGUGGUUAUAAGUGCUUCUUACUUCUUAGAACUGCAAAAGCGUUUGUAAGAAACUUUGGCCAAUGUAGUGUGACAUGCUAGUGUCUGGGGCAUUGUGAGUUUGUGGUCUCAAUCCCUGUAGUUAUGACAAUAAAUCUAUGAAUGCCAGCAUUUUUUUAGCAGUUAACCUGCUUUCAAGCUAAUUUGAUUUUUC